UGCAUUGGCAUUACUUUGAUUUUUGUUUUUGUGCCGAAUUUGACAGCUCUGUUACUUUUUAUUUAAUGAAAAACAACCCAUCUGUAUUUAAUUUCCCACAAAACUGCGACAUUUACUAGGUGAGUAAUCGUCCAAAUGUGGGUAAAAUAAUCGCGUUGAGAAAUCGUCCCUCGUAAAAUAAAUAUGGAUGAUAAGGAGAAAGACAACAAGAACAAGUCAAACGAUGAGGACAAAUCGAAGGAAAAUGCCAAACGGUUCAAAACCAGCGAAGAGUCGAGCUCUAGCAACACUGCUAGCACUAGUGCUGGGGAGGCAGACAACCCUCCAGAGCCCCCCGUGAGGUUCAACUCCACCCCCAACUCCCGAAACCGCAAUUACCGGAACAGUCGCGAGAAUUUUGAGGAAGAAAGUGGCGAUAGGGACGAUCCCAUGGGGGAAGAAGAGGAAGAACACCAGGAGAAUGAAGACAACGACUGGGAAGACCAUGACGAUAACGACUGGGAGGAUUACGACGAGCCUGAGGAGGUGGAGGAGGAGGAAGAAGAGGACACGUCAGGUGAAGACUCUCAUUUGUUCAGUGACAGCAGUGAUGAUGACUCCACUGUUAUCCUUGAUACAGAUGCUGAAGUCGAUUUCGAAAACCACCCGCUUUUCAAAAAAGAGAAGCCCAAGCACAAGUGGUUCGUUCUCAAGGAAGUUGAUCAAAGACAGUUAGGUUACAGUGCAAAGUUGCAAAGUCGCGAGCUGUUUCAAAGGCGGUGCUACGGCUCCCUACAUUGUGUACAGCGCUUAGAGUUAAUGUAUAAGUUAGAGGAGCAUGCAGGUUGUGUAAAUAGCUUGAAUUUUCACCCCGAUGGUACGCUCUUGGCCAGUGGGGCCGAUGACCUGAAAGUGGUGGUUUGGGACUGGAAGUUGGGUAAAACCUUGCUGAAGUACAAAACGAAGCACAGGGCCAACGUCUUUCAAAGCAAAUUCUUGCAUCUUUAUGGGGAUUUACAUAUCGCGACGUGCGCCAGAGAUGGACAGGUACGGCUGGCACAAGUGAAUAAGGAGGAAGGCGUACGUAACGCCAGGCUUUUGGGGUCGCAUAAGGGGCCCUGUCAUAAGCUCAUCGUGCUUCCAGAACAACCACACAUUAUUUUAAGCGCAGGCGAGGAUGGGGCGGUUCUCAACCAUGAUGUCAGAGACCCCAAAAGCACCAAAGUAGUUACAGUAAAAGAGGAUUCAAAGACAAUAGCUUUAUACAGUAUCCACGGCCACCCGCUAAAGUCGCACGAGUUUUGCGUUAGUGGUAGAGAUUCAAUUGUUAGAGUUUACGACCAAAGAAAAAGUAACAAGCCUGCUGCGACGUACACGCCUUUUGUAAAGGCUAAAGCAAAGAAUCAUAGGAAUUAUCACGUCACUUGUGCUGUAUACAACCACAACGGAUCUGAAAUCCUGGCAUCGUACAGCGAAUCCGAUGUUUUUCUCUUCGAUGUUAACGACACCGAACCUGGGAAAUUUAUCCAUCAGUACCAGGGUCACAAAAACGGAGCCACGAUUAAAGGUGUUAACUUUUUCGGGCCCAAGUCGGAAUUUGUAGUGAGUGGGUCAGAUUGUGGCCACAUUUAUUUCUGGGAGCGGAAUAGUGAAGCGCUAGUGCAGUGGUUACUUGCCGAUGAUAAUGGAGUUGUUAAUUGUUUGGAGCCUCACCCCCAAUUACCUUUUAUUUGUACGAGUGGUUUGGAUUGGGACGUUAAAGUUUGGGUUCCGUCCUGUGAAGUGGAACCAAAAAUGGAAGGUUUGAGUGACACAAUAAAAGAUAAUUUAAAAAUGAAACUAGGUCAUGAAGGAACGGAAUUUAACGAAAAUCGGAUGUUGUGGAUUCUGUGGCGACAUCUCAGGAACACCACUAGACUAAGGGCGUCUAAUAUGCUUAACAUUAGAGAUUUUCUGCAGCUUUAUUCAGACUCGAACUCCUCAGGAUCGGAGAGCGUUGCGAAUUCUGACGGUUCCGACGACGAUCUUGAUAGGCCACCAAACUGUAAUACUUCUUAAUCAACGAAAUUUGUUUUUGUAGCAUUUAUUUUUAUUUUGUUAUAGUUACACCCUUAUUCAGUUUAUUAAUCUUUGAAAAUGUACAUGUAAAUGGUAACUAAAGUAUUAACAUUUUCAUGUGAUUUCGUUUUGUGAAUUUAAAUACGUUUGUCUAGAAAUAAAUUUGUAUGAUAAAUGUA